AUGCUGGGAUCCAGUGGGUCGAGGAAGGUGGAGCGUCCACAGAACUGGAAGGACGCAACCAACUCGGGAUGGCAAGCGCCGGUGUAUGAGAGCGAGACCGUCCGCAAGCAGGUGCAGAAGGACUUCUUGAUCAAGGUGUACAGCAUCUUGUGCGCACAGCUCCUUGUCACCACCCUCAUCUGCGCUCUCUUCGUGUUCGCGGAGCCAGUGACUUACUUUGUGCUGGGGAACAUCUGGCUGACGCUCCUGCUCUUCAUCGUCAACCUUUUCGUCAUCAUCGCGCUGUGGUUCCUCAAGAACACCUAUCCUUGGAACUACAUCCUCCUCGGUGUCUUCACCCUGUCCAUGGGCUUCAUGGUGGGGGUGACCUGCGCUGCCUACACGGUCAACGGGAUGGGAUACAACAUCGCGUUCGCGGCCUUGCUGACGCUCGUGAUCUUCGUGUCCUUGACUGUGUUCGUUUCUGUCUCGGACAUCGACUUCAGCUUCCUUGGACUGUUCCUUCCUGUUUGCUUGAUCGUCCUCCUGGUCUGGUCCUUGUUCGCCAUUAUCUUCGGCUUCCAGUUGGGGAUGCUUUUCGGCGCUAUCGGGGCGCUACUGUUUUCCGGCUUCAUCAUUUACGACACGUGGAUGAUCAUGAACAAGAUGGGAUGCGACGACUAUAUCAUCGCCUCCAUCGAGCUCUACCUCGACGUGAUCAACCUCUUCAGCAUGCUGCUCUUGGUGAUGGGAGGCGGCGACAGCUGA